AUGCAGUCGCCGUCGAGGGUUUCAGUUGUUCAACGUUCCGAAAUUUUUGGGCCAGACAGCGAAGUCGUGGGGCUGGUGCAGGAAAAUCCUGAGUACGCGCACCCCCACCGUAUGCCGGGCGCGAGCUUGGACCACAGAGCACCAGCGCGCGAGCUUGAUGAAAUCUUUCCGGCGACAACUCCAUGUUCGAACGACGACGUCGGGCCGUUGAAAUCACCACGGCGCCACGGGCCACGACCGCACCAAAUGUCCAAAGCAAAGGGCGCAGCUGGCGCCGUCGAUCAGGUAGUCAAAUUGAUUGUUGGGGCAGGCCAGGCGAGUCCGAGUCCACCCGUUGGUCCUGCACUGGGAAGCAAGGGCGUCAAGUCCAUGGAUUUCUGCAAGGUAUGGAGGAUGCCCAUAGAAUGUGGUGCCGCACACGACUGCCGCCCAGCCGGCGUCUUUGAGGUUCUUUCUAACUGGGAGUCUCUUUCGAAUCCACAGGAGUUCAAUGCGAGAACCGCACACAUCAACCCCGGCACACCGAUGCCCUGCCGAGUCACUGUUCGACCGGACAGAUCUUUUCACUUCGAUGUGCGGACGCCGCAAACUUCGUGGCUUCUUCUGAAUGCUGUUGAGGCGGCGCGGAAUAAGAAAGGGAACAGGAAGGGCGCCAGCAAACCGGGCCACGAGACCAUCGGGACCAUCAGCCUGAAGCACGUGUACGAGAUCGCCAAGAUUAAGCAGUCAGAAUUACGCCUCUCUGGUCUUUCCUUAGAGGGCUUGUGCAGAUCUAUCAUUCAUCAAGCAAGGUCGAUUGGUAUCAAAGUCGAAGCAUAA